CUUUGUUGCCACUUGACCACGAGUCCACGACAGCCUGAUAAUAUGGACAUAGGCCACUUUCAAAUCCGUUGGCUCUUGGGGGUCAUGCUUCUCAAUAAUAUAAUAAUUGUGGAUCCCUUUGCCAGCUCCGCAGUGGGUGCUGAAGGUGUUGUAGCUGGACUUUGCAAUGGCGAUGCCAGUGGCCAAGGGUGCAGAAAGAACGCCAAUCUUGAUGGGGACCACAUCUGGGAAUCCAAGGACGCUCUCGGGAAGAGUGGAUGGCCCAGCGCUGGGCGAGAACUCCAGGAUUGGAGCCUCUCCCUGCAGGUAUACGAAGCAGGGCUACUUGUAGAUGCUGGCAACGUGCUGGAGUCUGCCGGCUAUAAGCCUAACGUGGAAAUUGAGGACGUAUUUGUUUCUGGCAAUGGCACAAACGUCCUGUUUGUAGAAUGCAAUUUCACAUCCGGUGCUCUCUAUUCCUGUCAUGCGAAGAGAGCAGUGUUGCCCCCAGACGGGGGAAGCUACACAAUCCACCACAUUGCUGGCCCGUGGCUGUACGCAAGCCCUUCCACCAUAGAGGGGAUCUUGCUCGUUGAUGAGACUACCUUGCUAAUUGCGGACUCCGGAAAUAAUGCUGUAAAGAAGGUGGACAUAAGGACAAGGGAUGGAACUAACUUCACAACAGGGGAGAGUUUACCUAAGCCAUUGCGCCUAACCAAGCAUCCAAGCGAGCAGGUUGUCUUCGUAUCAUCAGUAGAUCGCAUCUAUAAGGUGCCGUUGGAAUAUAAGACCGAAUCUAUCCCACAAGUAAUUGCGGGAGACUCUGGGCAAGGCUACAGUGAUAGCACCACAGGUGCCACUGUCCGGUUCUCUAUGCCAAGAAUUGGAGGCAGAUCCAUUUCUGGGAAUGGGAGCGCAUUGUAUGUUGCUGAUACGUUGAACCAUCUGAUUCGACAAGUGAAUACUGCCACAGGAGCCACAAGGACGCUGGCUGGAAAUCGGAAUGGAGUCUAUCCCUGGACCAUCCGAGAUGGUCCCCCGAAUAUGGCCAAGUUCAGGGAGCCUCGUGGUGUUGCGGUAACGGCUGAUGGAUGUAACCUCUUCACUGCAGAGUAUGAUGGAGGUGUCAUCCGAUGGGUGACCCUGAAGGACCCUGAUGGAGGUGUUAUUGAUGUAAAGACCGUGGCAGCGUUAAGAAGUGCUUCCAACUCCUCCCUGUCAGGAAGGUUUACCUCCCUGACACUCUCAAAUGAUGAUCGAUAUCUGUUUGUAGGAACAAACGACGAUAGGGUCAUAAAGUUGGAAGUGAAGGCUUCCGCUCUCCACAGCUGCAUACCUGAGAGCUCACGUUCAAAGAGUGGCAGUGGCAGAUCCUUUUCGACUAGUAAGCGCAAAAGUGGCUGCUACCACUUAUUGCUAUCCUUUCUGGUCUUUGCUGUUUUAUUUUGACAUUCCUAAUGAUAUUAUGUGGAAUUAUAGAUAACUGCAACAACAGACUGCGGCAGAUGCUUGCAAUUGUUGUUGCUAUUUCUGGUCGUGCAUUCUUUUAUGGGCUCAUAAAAGGAUGCAAUGAACCGUAAUACUCCAC